AUGGUUUCUCUGUUGUUAAAUUAUAUUCAGAAUAUUAGAUGUUUCGAUGGUAAAGGGUAAAAUAUUUUCUAUACAGUUUUAAUUUCAUUCAUAGCAGAUCCAUUCUUAGCUGUAUUCUAUAAUGUUGCUAUUCAAAUAAUAUACUUAAGACUAUCACCAGCAAGAUACUAAGCAUCUAUGAGCUCAAUUUUUCUAUCAAUUGCCAUAAUCUCUUAAAGUUUCUUGAGUACUCCAAUUGCUUUAGCAUUGAAUGAUUAGUUUGCCUAGGUCACUAAAUAUAAUAUAGAAGAUAUCUACAAACUCAAAUAUAUCCAAAUGAUUUUUUGUAUGGGAGUAGUUCCAUUUAUAUUCCUUUUGCCCAAUUUUGAUAGAUUUAACAGGUUUAACUCAGCCUUAGCAGAAUUAGGAUAUGAUAGAGAUAGCGAUGAACCAAUCACAGUUUCAGAUAUUAUCCGCUUAAAUCCUAAUUCUUUGAAUGUUGUAGGAACUCAUGGAGAAAAUAGCGCUGAUUUAUUUAUAAGCAACAGAAAAAGCAUUACCUAGAAAAAAGAAUAAGCGAUAAGAACAUCUCUUUAAAAUUAGAAUUGA